AUCAUGCAAAUGCAGUCACUCAAAUUGCUGAGUUUUUUUAUUAAUGAAUCCUCUAUAAAUGAAGGACGAAUUCUUUCUUCUCUUCAAACUCAGAAGCCUUAUUUCAAUUUUCGUUUGAGUUGCUAAAAUGUGCUCCACUGUGCUCCACCACCCCAUGGAAUCCUCAUUUCCCUCUGAAAAGUCAAGCCAUCUCUUCAAAUCCUCUAAAGAAAACCAAGACUUUUCAAAAACCCCAACAUCUUUCAAAGAUCUCAUUUCAACCCUUCCAAAAGACAACGGAUGGAAAUUCUGCCAGCCUCUUUACCUAUACCAAGGCUUUUGGUACAACCCUUUCGUUUUAGAAGGAACCAUUUUGGCUCAAAAAAACUUCCAGGCUCAACCUGGUGACAUUUUUUUGUGCAAUGCUCCAAAAACAGGAACCAGUUGGCUUAAGGCACUCACUUUUGCCAUUGCAACUAGAAACCAUUUCGAUUUAUCUUCAAACCCUUUACUCACAAAAUUACCUCAUGAUUGUGUUCCUUCAUUGGAGAUGGAUUACUUUAAGAAUCCAACUAUGCCUAAGCCAGCUGGGGGCCUCUCGGUUUGGGCCACACAUAUCUCAUUCUCUUCCUUGCCAAAAUCUAUAACAGAAUCUAAAUGCAAAGUUAUAUACAUUUGCAGGGAUCCAAAGGAUACAUUUGUUUCAUUGUGGCAUUAUCUAAACAAAAUGAGAAGCAAAAGCCAUGAAGAAAUCUCUUUAGAGGAGGCCUUUGAAUUGUUCUGUAAUGGAAAAUCUCCAUAUGGACCCUAUUGGGACCAUGUUUUAGAGUACUGGAAAGCGAGUCUGGAAUGCCCAAAUCAGUUUUAUUUUCUAAAAUAUGAAGACAUGAAGAAGGAUACUAUAUUUCACUUGAAGAAGAUUGCUGAGUUUGUUGGGCAUCCUUUCUCUUUGGAGGAAGAAAGGGAAGGAGUAGUGAACAAAAUUAUGGAGUUAUGCAGCUUCGAGAAUCUCAGCAAUUUAGAUAUUAAUAAGAAAGGACAGAGUCCUCAUGCUGAUGUUGACGGUGGCACAGUUGAUAACAAUUUGUACUUUCGGAAAGGUAAAGUUGGAGAUUGGAAAAACUUUUUGACAUUUGAGAUGGGUGAAAGAAUGGAUAACAUCAUGGAAACGAAGCUGAGUGGAUCAGGUUUGAACUUGAAAGCUUGAUUGAUUCAAAGCUCCCAAUAUGUGUCUUGUUUUAUAAAUAAGUGGCUUUCUCUUGCUCAUUAUGUGAUAUGUAAUAUUCCAGCUGCAUGUCAGAGUUUGUUUCCUUGUAAUUUAUAGUUCGAUGUUUGUUUAAGUGAAGGAUUUGAAGAAAAUCAAGAAAAGAAACCAAGAAAAC